UCGCUUUUUAAAGAUUCUUUAUACCUCGGAAACUUCACAGCGAUUGCUUCGAAAGUAGACGAAAAGUGUUUUGGAGUCAAACCAUGGAACUACAAGGCCUGCAAGAGGCGUUGAAAGUAGAAAUACAGUGUCAUCAGGUAAAUCUGUCCGUCAGGAACGCCACGCCUCUCUCCCUCGUCAAGCCCAGCCAGCCCGUCUCCAUGGUGACCACGCACGCCAACGGACAGAAGGCCCUGGGCCUGGAGCUGACGCAGAAAUCUCCCAGCAUCCUCCAGGGCGGGGGCCCAGCGGGCGCGGGCAGCCUGCCCGUGAGCAGGAGGGCGGGGGAGGCCCCUCACUCCCAGGUGCUGGGGCUACUCCCAGCCCGGCCCAUUAAGGUGCCCCAGGUCAGCUCUCUGACCCGCCUGGCUGUUCACAAACCCACCGUGCUACCUCAGGUUAGGCCAAAGACCCUGCUCCCGGACAGCCUCCCACACAGACCCCCCCCCCAGGAGCAGCAGGCCAGCCGGCCCCCAGCACUGCAGAGGGUCAGUCCGCCACGGACCCACCCCCCCCAACUGACCAACGGGCAGGCCCACCCUUCCUCCCCACCCCCCUCCGGCGCCCCCGCCCAAAUCAGCGGGGCGGGCGUGGCCUACGCCAUCAUCUCCGCUUCGCCCGCGGGGCCCGUGACCGUCUCGACCGUUCAGGAGGCCGGGGAGGGCCACCCUCAGCUUCUCGGUCCCGACGGCAAGGUGAUCAUAAUCCACCCCCAGUCUCCGAAUAUCUCCCAGAAUUCACCUGGGUCAGAGCCCAGCAGCCCUGACCAGGAGGCCAGUCCCACACUCUCUCCUCCGGCCAAUCAGAAGAGGGAAGAGGACCCGGAGAAAAUAACUUUCAUGGUAGCCCUUGGCCUGGUGACCUCGGAGCAUCUGGAGGAGCUCCAGAGCAAGAGGCAGGAGAGGAAGAGACGGAGCACCGCCGCCCCGGCCUACAGCGCCCUGCUCGAACCCGAGCGGAAAAGACUCAUGUCACAUUAUCUCAACAGCCAACUAUUCCUGCAGGCAGGAGACACCGAGGAUCUCUGCUGGAAGGAGGACUGGGCGCAUGACGAGCUCUGUGCCGUGUGUGAGGAGGACGGAGACCUCCUGGCCUGCCGCGGCUGCCCCCGCGCCUACCACCCCGCCUGCCUGCUGCCCCCGCUCUCCGCCCCGCCCCGAGGGCCCUGGCACUGCCCCAAGUGCCAGAGGAAGGUACUAAACAAAGAUGAUUUGCCUUGGACACAGAAUUUCAUCCAGUCGUACUUAACACACAAAUCAGUGAGACAGGAGGAGAGGAGGAGGCUGAGGAAGAAGAACAGCGAGCUGAAGAAAGAGUGCGAGCUGGUGGAGGAGCAGGGCCAGAACCUCACCCAGGCCCUGGAGAAAUGCAUGGAACUGAAGAACUGCCUUCUGGGACAGCAGAAGGACACUCGGGCGUCCCUGGAGCGCCUGAAGGCCCUGAUCCGCCUGAUCCAGCGCGAGCAGGUCAUCCAGGUCACCAUGAUGGCCACGACCACCACAGAAACCUCUCUGCUCUCCCUCCCCUGGAUCAAACCCAGCAGCACAGCGCCCCCUGCUGCAGCCUCCACACUACUGCAGAGGGGCCAGGCCCAGAGGCAGACCAACAACUAA